AUUGAACACGACAGAGUUAAAUAUUGUAAAGAGAAAAGUCAAUGGUACCAAAUGCUUCCAAUUGACAACGACAAAGUGCCUGAUGAUAUUAAAACUAAGAAGCUUCCAAAAAUAAACAUUCCGCCUGAAAUUCAACUUGAUGUGCUUAAAUGUAUCGACUUCAGUCAAUUAUUAUCUUUUCAAGAAACAAGUUUUUAUUUCAAAAAUUUUAUCGACAAAUAUGGAAAGCAAUUGGCAUGGAAGAAAUACGAUAAACUUGAAAUUAUUCCUAUCGAUAAUGAGACUGGAGAUAGAUAUAAAGAACAUAAGCCUCAUCCUAAACUUUAUUGGUUUAAAUUGGGUGAACAAUAUGGAGAAUUUGAAUUUUGUGAACAGAAGUAUGAAUUCAUUAAACUAGACCCUCAACUUUAUGAUUUUGAAUUAGGUGAACAACUUGAGGAAAAGUGGAAAUGUGGAAUAGAAAAAUCAAUUCCAAUGUUUUUAACAACGGAUGAGAAUUCGGACCUCACGAACAUUGACACCGCUGUUUGUGAAUUGCAACAAAAUUACAAUGUUGAAAAAGCAUUAUACUAUUUACAAUUGCCAAAAUUUCUAAAUAAUAUAGAGGAAAUGAAAAUUGCUCGUUAUUUAUUGCAACUAUUUUUUAACUGUGCUUUUGAAUUUUUUCAAAUUGCUAGCAUUAUAAUUAAUCCACAAAUGAUCGAAUUAUUAUUUGAUGGAAAUCAAACAACUAAUAUGCCUUUAAUUAUCCAUUCUCAAAGAGCAGAACUGUUUUAUCAACAUUCUUUAAAUUUUGCUUUGAAUCAUCUGAUUUGUAAUCAAUUUAGAGUUAUUGUUAUUGAUUCCUACAAGACAUCAGACCCUAUUCGUUUUUUUGACCCCUUCGACAUGGAAAAAAGUAUAGACAUUUUAAUUAAACUUUUGGCAGAGGGAGCAAAUAAAUUUUCUAGUAUUAUUUAUCAGAAUCUUGACUCGAAAAUUUACAAUUCUAUUAUAAAGCAUAUUGAAACAUCACAAGACCCUUCUCAAAUAGUGAAAGAAAUAAAAUUUGAUGUUAUGUAUGGACCUCUUAUUUCAAGUGAAAAUGCAGAAAAUAUCAAAACCAAAUUUAAAGAAGGUAUUAAAACAACAAAAUUUCGACUCGCCAACAAACACAAUCCAAAAAUUAAAUUUUCUGUAUGCAUUGAAGAUAUAUAUAGAAGUAUUGAUGUGUCACUUCUUGUUGAAGGCAAUCAGGAGUGUGUACCGGGAGUUAGAGUUGUAAUUAAGAGAAUCAGUUGA